AUGGAAAGUGGAAUAGUGAAGCAGGAGCUUAGUUUCAUAUAUGGCGAUCUUGAAGGUGAAAAGCUUAUCGAUAUUACAGAGGAGGAUGAUGAUCUUCUCAUCAAUUCUGAUUAUUUUGAUUCUCUUGAAGACCAAUAUAUUCGCCUCUCAGCAAGAUAUGAUAAUCCAAAUAAGCAUGAGGGCUUCAAGUCGCCAGAGUCUCAACCGUCUCAAGAAAUUGAAAGCACACCACUGGAAAAGCUCCAGCAAGAGGGACAGAAGCUAUCUUGUCAUGAUUUUGUGCCAGCAAGACCAAGCUACUUGCGCCAAAGUUUGGCUUGGGACAGUGCCUUCUUUACUAGCGCAGGAAUUCUUGAUGGUGAUGAGUUAACUUUCAUUAAUGAAGGCUUCAGGACAGCUGAAAUGCAAAGACCACCUGAUACUGCUUCAAGGAAAACCAAGAUUGGCAUUCAGAAUAAGAUUAAAUCAUCAGCUUUAGAGGGAAGAAACGUCAAUACUCAAAGAUCAGUCAAGAAUAAGGCUGAGCACAUGUCUAAAGGAGAAGAGACCCCUUCCCUGCCUCUCAAGGCUCCCAAGGUACUCAGGCGAAUGACAAAUGCAUUGAUGGGACAAAGCAAGAGUGCUAAAGUGGAGAAUGUAGCUGCCAAAACUUCAUCUGGAUCAAGAAACAGCACAGUGUCUGACUCGACUUCCACUUCUGACGCUGCAGUGAGAUACCUGUCCAAAAGUAAAGGGUUGAGAAAUUGUAGAUUGUCAACUCAAUCAUUGUCACUUUCCAACAAUUUUUCUUCCGUAUCACCCGCUGGUUCUUCCUUCGGUAUGUCAUCCUCUGGACCAGGAUCAAGAACCAAGCAAAAAUCUAAUGAUACAGAAGUUCAUUUUGAUACUCCAGUUACAUUGACAAGGACCAAUACACAAGAUGAAGUAAAUCCAUCACCACAUUUGACAAAUAACCUCCACAGAAAAUUCACUGCUUGCCUGCUGAAUAAGCAAACAAAUUCUCUAGUUCUUCAGAGCAAACAAGGUUCAGCUGAUGCUUCUCAUGUCCCAACUGAAUCUAGGAAAAAGCUUAAACCAUCAUAUCUUCGCAUGCCAUCACCAAAGAUUGGGUUUUUUGAUGAGCAGAAAUCGUUGAUCCCAACUGUUGGACAAGGUUUACAGUUUCAUUUUGAAAUGCAGUGCACCCCACCUACAAAAUCUGGGCCUACAAGUAGGAAAACACCUGAUAAACCUCUAAAAGCAAGGACUUCGUCAGAGACAAGGUGCAUGAAACAUGGUUCACAAAGCACUAAUCCUGUUAAAGACAAAAAGCGAAGAGAUGUUUCAUCAGAUGGAAAGCUCAAGAGUUGUUCCCCACAAGGUUGGAGCACCAUGAAAUCUGGGUCAGAUUCAAGUUUGAGAUUUCAGUCUGGUACAUGCGGGGAAACAGAAGAAAAAUUUUGCUCAAAAUGCAGGAAAGUUCAUUCCGGGAAAUGUGAGCAAAAAAGAGUUGGCCACACUGAUGAAAGGACAAGGGUUAAGGGGAGACUGAAUAGUAGGUUAAGCAGAGAUGCUAUGGUGCAAAGAACUGAUCCUGUCCUUCAACCACAGCCAUCAGCUCCGGUUAAGAAAGAGAAAAAUAGCCGCAAGCAACACAAUGCCAAUAAUUCGCAUUCAUCAGUUGAGGACAAGGCAAAAACUUUGGCAAAUCUUAAGGAUCAAGUUAAUGAUUUAAGCAGGUAUUUUGAGGUCAUUGAUUUGAGCAGGGAAAUGCUGACAGAUCAGAAAGAACAUGAUAAUGGUUGCCCUGUUUCUCAGGUUGACAACAAUAUAUCGAAAUUGAAUGGUGACAACAAUGUCAUCAUGGCACAUGGUCAGAAACAGGACAUGCUGCCUAACACAGUCCCGGGUUCUAGUCCGCUCUCAAGCUCAAGAACUCCAUUGGCUGACAAAACUUCCAUCUCCAAUGCAACUGGAUUAUUUACUCAGUCAACGACAAUAGAGAAGUUAGCAGAGAAGCCAUCAAAAUCCCCUGCUCCAGAAGGCCUUCCUAAUUACAAAGAGAACACCUUAGCCCUAUAUGAACUCUAGAAUUUCCUCGUUGAUGAAGAAUGCAGAAGUUGUCAUGAAGGUUUUAACCGGCUAAUGUGGAUUUUAAUUAUAUUACCAGUGAUCUUGGCUUGAACCAAUUAGAUCAAAUAAUAGACAUGAGACGGAACAAACAGAUCUUAAUUUGGUCAUUGUAAACAUACACAUGAUAUAAGUGCCAACUGGGAAAAGGAACCACAAGAGAUUAGCAGUUUAUUC